GCACUAAAGCUCUGCAGCCUUACAUGGUGAAAUGUGAGACUGCUCUGACCUCAGACGACAAAGAGAGGAAGGUGCAGAAUGAGAAAAACAACUGGACUGACGCAGGAAAUAACGACCAGGCCAGAGAAAACAGACAAAGCCUCUGCUGCUUAGGAGAGAAGCAGAUUUCUUCUCUGCUGGCCCAGGAGGAUGUUGAUGAAGAUGGCUGCUGCCUCCACCACCUCUCUGCUCCUGCUCUGCUGCUUCGCCAUCUCCCGCACAGACUCCCAGGAUCCUUGCGACUACAAUGCUCUAAAAGGAAAGGACUUCAUUGUGCCUCUGUCUUUGAAACUGGAACCGUCUCACCGACUGAAAUGGAAGCACAACGAUAAUUUUAUCUUUGAUCAAAGACAAGGCAAAGUUUUAUUCAAAAGGAAGGAGGAUGACGUUUCAGAAAAUGGUUCCCUGAAGCUGACGAAUCUGAAUGAUCGCCACAAGGGGAUAUACACCCCGGAACUGUUUAAUCAAGAUGGAAAUGUAAUAGAGAAUCGGAAAAGUAUACGUUUAUGUAUAUUUGGACCUGCCCCGAAGCCCAAAGUGACCAAGGUUUGUUCCUCAGCAGAUGUCACAUUUACCUGCGGAGUACAAGCUGAGCUCGCCAAGGAUCUCAAAUUUGCAUGGCUUCAGAAUGACAAGGACUUAAAAGAGUAUACCAAGACUCUGAAACGAAACGCCGAACAGGUGGAAAAAGAUUCCUUCAGAUGCAAAGUUUUCAACCCCGCCAGCUCUGAGACCAGUGACGCUGUUACACAGGAGCCGUGCUAUAAGCGCAAGUCCAUUUUCCCAGAAAAACUAUUAGGAAUUAGUACCUGGAUUUAUGUGGGCGCCGGAGGAGGUAUUGUUCUGGUGCUGGUAAUCGUCGUUAUUAUUUGCUGCGUCCGCGCAAAAAGGAAAAAACGAAUGCUACUGAAGGAGGAGGGGGAGCUUCGUUUGCAGUGGACCAAUGAACAACAACAUCCGCAUCAUCAUCCACAUCAUCAUCAACAUCAACAUCAACAACAUCAACAUAAUCACCCUCCUGAACCACAUCAUCACCGGAGCCAGCAGCAGCCGGCCGGCCACACCGGUCCUCGCCAGCAUCGCUCCAAACAGCACCGCGAGCAGCACCAGCUCCCCCGAGUCCCCCCUGAGCCCAGCUCCCGACGACCCCCACAGGCCCCAAGAGCAGUGGAUCAAAUCGACGACGAGCAGCCUCCUCCUCUUCCUCAGCCGAGGAAGAAAGCUGCCAAAACACCGAGAGUGUGACACCGUGUGAGUGUUGGAGUUGAGGAACCCUCAUCGCUCCUCUUCUCUUCUUCUUCCUCUCCUUUCAGUUUCGUUCCCGGUGAGCUUACUCUCCCCCACGCUUCUCUAUUGAUGUUUUUGUUCAAACUCAGCCAGUAAGACAGCCGAUGGGAGGCACUUUACUCCCCCGUGGCUCGCCGUUAAACAUGACGACGUCAUCAGGAUGUGGCGAAAAACUACGAUCAAACUUAGUUUUGGUGAAGCGUAUGAUGACAUGACGGAAAAACUUGGCCUGGCCUAAUUUGGAAACCAUUGUUGUUUUUUUGAGUCAUCAUAAUACGAUAAUCUUACUUCAACUUUUACAUUGUCUUUUUUCCUCAAGAUAUCAUACCACUUUCUCAGUAUUACAUUUAUUAUUAUAUGUGAUAACUAAUGGUAACUGUAACCUUGAUUAAUCUUGUUAGGGAAACUAUUAUGUAUAAAAGAGGCCGUUAUUGUAAAAAUAAUGAGACAUAACAGUCACAAUCUCAAAAUAUUAUUUAGAGUCCUCUUUAAACGGGUUAUUGUUGUACUUUUCUAGUUUCUUAACCCUUGUGUUGUCCUUGGGUCAAAUUGACCCCUUUCACAGUGUUUUAUAUCGGAAAUAUGGAUUUCCUUCUACCAAAUUGCCCAAAAAUAACAUGGAUGAUUCCUUACAACAUUUUUCAGGUGACAUUAAUGAUUACUUUCAUUGAAUUUUUGAGGUGUUUUAAUAAUCUUAUAGCAUUUGAAUUCUUUUUUUUUUGUAAUGGUUUCAAAACAGUAUCCGGACUCAACUUUGACAUGUACCCAUCUGUGAUCCACUCAACAUCCUCUAAUCCAAAAUAAUUCACAAUGUCUGCCUUUUUAACAAAAAACGUAUGAAUAAUUGGAUAUAAAUGAGCUUUGUCGACCGUGAAUUCCAAGAAUACGUGUGAAAUCUAUCGUUCAACCAGCUCAGGUUUUUUUAUACCAUGAAAAAAGUGAUAAAGAAAUCAGAAAAAAUGGCAAAAACUUUGGAAAAGCACAAAAGAAAAAUUCAUUUUCAAUUUUGGCCUGGAAGGACAAGUUCAUGGGUAACGGGAAGACAACACAAGGGUUAACAUAGAAGUCCUCUUCUGAAUACUGUGUUACAUAACAUAAAAAGCAUCUUCUCAGAAGGCUGUAUGAAUAUCAGGAAAUCUUAACUUCGCUCUGACUGUAUUUACCCUGGAAAGGGACUCAAAAUUAACUAUGUGCCGCGGAAGAUCAUGAGAUUCCAAAAGAUUCCGGAAAAAGACGAUUUUCGGAUCUCUGAAAAAACCAAUCCUAUUUCCCUGAAUGUCAAACUAUUCCUUCAAGCAAACAAGAAGUUAUUUAUUUUGUGUCUCAUUUCAUAUGAACAGUUCUUUUGUUCCAGUUACUGUUUUAUUUUACUCCAUGAUUUUACUUUCUAUUUCUACACUUUUUAUGUACAUUUGUAUGCAAUUCUUUGUAAUUUCUAUUUUUGUAUUUUGUGUAAAAAAUGUCUUAAUGUCCGUGUGUACUGUAAAUCACACACAGACAGGUUCCAUUUUCUUCACAGGACAAACUAUGUUACAUGAAACAUCUUCUUUUUUUUUUUACAAACUUGCUCAUCCUGUAAUGUUGGCUUUAAAAAGCACAGGCAGCUUAACGGCAUCAUGGUAAUAAUGUGAAUAAACGUGUUUUCAUACAGUUCAUUUUUACAGAUCAUGCUUUUUUUAUGUAUCUAUAUAACCAACAGCAAAUUACUUUGUAUCCAUCCAAGUAUUAGAUUUUAAGGUAAAAAUGUCAUAUAAACUGUAUUCUAUGAGGUUUUUAAUGAAAUGGUGUAAAUUCUGA